GGGCUGCAGAUUCUGGGAGUAAAUCUGUGUAGCAGAUUGGUAGAAUUGCAGUAUUUCCAAGGGCAAAUAAAUUUACUGUUAACAAGAAUUAUGGGUUUGGGGUUUUAUUGUCUAAUUUAAAAGAAAAAACGUAUUCUUCUCGGACACACUUGGAUGGUGGUCAAGAUCACUAGUGUUACAUCUUGGAAGGUUAUUGUUACAAAGUAAUCUCAGUAUCUCUUCUGCAAGAAGGAGUAACAUUCUGUACUAUUUUUCAGCAUUAGCUUAGUGUUGAGCGCUGCUGUUCAGGCUGAACUGGGUCGUCCUUCCUAAAGUGUAAUGCCAAAAUGGCAGCUACUGCAUGAUCAGUUCCUGCCUAAAAUCCUACUUAAUGAGAAUGUACCCUGAUCUACAGUAUUAGCUCAUGCACAGAGUCAAACUUUUCAUUUAAAGCUACCAGUUGAAAUGUAUCAGUAGAUUCUGCAGCAAAUACUCCAGUGCUGUUCUUUGUGGUAUUUUCCCUCUGCUGGAAAAAAAAGAGUGAAUUACUUAAGCAUGUGUGACUUUGAGAAGAACCACUCAAAAAUGGUUUCUGAAUAUGUGACUGCUCAUCUUACCUUGCUCCUGUCGCUGUGCUGUUCUGAUGUGUGUGCUGCCAGAGUCACUAGGUCGUUGGGUAAAGGAAAGUCACCCCCUUUUAAAAUAACACUGUGGUAUAAAUCAGGCUGUAAAUAAGAUUUUUAACUAAGUUGACUCUGCAAGAGAUGAUUGAUGAUUCGCUUGAUUUGUUGCUGUCAGCAAAUAGACAAAGGUGAAGUCUUUCCAAAGACCAGACCAGACACUGUUCCUUCCUUAGUGGCUCUACCCUCAUACCUUGGGUUUGCCAUAGAAUUAAUUUUGGUGUGGAAGUGGGUAAACAAGCUGGAAUGUGUUUAGAAAGGACUCUAAAGGAUGUGAGGUUGGGAUUGAAGUGGCUAAUCAAAAACUUCAUACAUUUUUGGACUUUGUGAAUAUCUAUAUCUGCCGAUUUUUCAAGCUGUUGGUAACUGUUCAAGAUAUGGGAAGUAUUUUCAUUUAAUUGUAGUUGCAGACAUUAAUAUCUUCUUGGCUGCAGCAGCUGCAUGUGAAAUAAUCAUAAAACUAAACCUGCCCAUCUAUACCAAAGGUUUCCUUUAGAGGGGGGAGUGGGUGAAGUACUUCAGUGUUCAGGUUUGUAACACUGACUUCAGUGACGCAGGUGUGUGAUUCUCCCAGUGUUGUAAGUACUUCUGUUUACAUCAGAAACUGCUGUGUUCUGAUGCGGUGGCUGAGGUGUCUUCUACAUCCAAAUGCGUGUCCCCUAUGAUAAAUGAGUAUUAGUAGUUAUCUUGGCUCCCUACAGAUUUGAAAAAAGAAUUAUGAAAUUAUGGAUACUGUAUGUAUUUCCUUCUGCAAAGCAGUAGUGCUCAUUACGACUGGAAAAAAAAAAAUCCCAAAACAAUUGAAUUGCCAAUUAGUCGUAAUUUUGAAAUAUUUUGCACACUGCUCACCAAGUGCAGUGAGCUGUGAUUGAGCUGUAGCCCACUUUAUUCACAGUGCCUGCAGCCAUGUGUUACAAAUAUUUCCACAUUACAGUGACCUGGAACUCAUCCCAGUGUCCUGAAAAAGGUCAGAAUUGUGUCUAACCCUGAAGGGACAGUUCUUAUUUACUGGUGGCUCUUAAAAUUGGUCCAUUGGUAGGUCCCAGUACCAGUCAUAAAACUUGGAAAGUACAGGAAAAACCAUGCCCGUUUACUGUGUACAAUUUUAUCAUUCUGCUGCUCUGAUUUUUCCCAACCCUUUAAAUCAUUAGUUUGGUAACACUGGGUUCUUAAAAGCUGCUUUAAGUAACAGGGUAGGAAUUGGCUCAGAUCACUAACCAAGACAUUCUGGUCUCUAGGAUACUUUGUUCCUCUUGGAUUCUUCAAGCCAUGAUGUUCCAGCUUCAUCAUCAACAGAAUUGCUUCAUUUUCCAUCUGUUGUGGUGAAAGGACAGUUAUAAAGAUGACUGGACUUUUCUGACUUGCUAUGAUAAGUAGUGGUGGUUAACACUGCCUGGGCAGGGUGGAAAGCUACCUUCAGUAGAUCCUGCAGUGGUAUUAGAAAGGGACAUCUUAAUAAAACAAGUAAAAUAGUGGGGAAUUUUAUUCUCAGCUUUGGAUUACUUAAAUUCCUGACCUUUUUGAAGUUAUCCAGAUAAUUGUUUUGAGAUAUUAUCAUCUCCUAAAUAACCAUUUUGGAUUAGAUAUGGACUUCUACACAGCAGUUGAAGAGAGGCAUUAUUCAUGUGUAAAGUGCAUGAUCAGAAUUUAUUUUCAAAAAUCAGACAAUAGAAAAUGACUGUAAAAGGCAAUUUUAACUACUAGGUUUGUCACAUAAGGUUGAAAAUCUCUAUUUAGUCCUACAUUGCUCCAAAACAUCACCAUUGUGAAUUCUGUUUUAACACUGGAAAUAAAUUGUUCUUUACAGUAUUAAGAAAUUUAUUUAUUUGGGCAAUAACCUUAAGUUCCGACUAAAUUUACUAGGUAAUAGGGUGCUAGCUGCCACAAGGAAGAAGUCCCUAUGUGAGAUAUUUUGGUGUAAUAACUAUUGAUAUAAAAUACUUGCAUUUUCAAUAAUUUUGCAAAUAUGUAGUUAACAAUCUGCUUUCCCUGUUUCCUGCUGAGUGUUAGAAACUAUUUUAUUUUGACAACAGUUUUGUACCUUAGAGUAACUUCUUUUAGUUCCUAAGAUUUGGUUUCUGUACUAAGCCAAAAAAAAAAAAAAAAGAAGGUAGUUUCACACUUGAGCUGCAGCAGGAAGAGGUAAUCACGGAUGUGGGUUCCAGUACGCUGUUGUACAGGAGAACAGCUCUGGCGGCAGAGCUCUCCGCCAUGAAUCCAGAAGAACAGAUUGUAACAUGGCUUAUUUCACUAGGAGUCUUAAAUUCCCCUAAGAAAAUAGUGGAUGAUCCAGAGGGGUUCCUGAAAACCUCUCUGAAAGAUGGAACUGUGCUUUGCAAACUCAUUAAUCGGCUUCUUCCGGGAUCUGCAGAAAAGUAUUGCCUGGAGCCUAAAAAUGAAGCUGAUUGCAUCAGUAAUAUUCAAGAGUUCUUGAAAGGCUGCGCACUUCUGAAAGUGGAGGUGUUUGAUCCACAUGAUUUGUACACUGGAGAUCAGUUCUCCAAGGUCCUGAGCGCAUUAACAGCCGUAAAUAAGGCUACUGAAGAUCAGCUGUCAAAAGGGCCAUGUUCGCAUCUGUCCUCUCUUAACUCCACGGCUGGAGACCCCCAGAGUGACUCCAACAGCACAGCUUCCCAGUCAGCGAGGGUGUUGCGGAGGCAGUCCAAGCCUGUGGAGAUGACCGAGAAUGGCAGUCACCAGCUGGUGGUAAAGGCCAGGUUCAAUUUUAAGCAGACCAAUGAAGAUGAGCUCUCUGUUAACAAAGGAGACAUUAUUUAUGUCACUCGAGUUGAAGAAGGGGGCUGGUGGGAAGGCACCUUGAAUGGAAAAACAGGCUGGUUCCCAAGCAACUACGUCAGAGAAAUCAAAUCUGCUGAUAAACCACUCUCUCCCAAAGCAUUGAAAGGGCUAGAAAACACUCAGAUGACAAAGAAUUAUUACCCUGUGGUGUUGCAAAAUAUUCUGGAAACAGAACGAGAUUAUGCAAAGGAACUACAGUCACUUCUGGGAACUUACUUAAGACCCCUCCAGUCUUGUGAUAAGCUCAGCACUGGCGACAUCACAGCAUUGCUGGGAAACAUGGAAGAAAUCUCUGCUUUCCAGCAAACACUGAACCAAGCCUUGGAAGAAGUUGCAAAGCUCCCUGAGAACCAGCAGCGUGUGGGAGGCUGUUUCAUGAACCUGAUGCCCCAGUUCCGCUCCCUGUACCUGACGUACUGUGCUAACCACCCUUCAGCAGUGAAUGUCCUCACACAGCACAGUGAUGAGCUGGAGAAGUUCAUGGAGAGCCAAGGUGCGGCCAGCCCAGGCAUUCUCAUCCUGACCACAAGCCUCAGCAAACCCUUCCUGAGGCUGGAUAAAUACGUGACACUGCUGCAGGAGCUGGAGCGGCACAUGGAGGAGGCGCAUGCAGAUCAUGAAGAUGUUUUGAAAGCCAUCACAUCCUUCAAGUCCCUUGUGUCACAAUGCCAGGAGUUGAGGAAGAGGAAACAACUUGAGCUGCAAAUCCUUUCUGAAUCCAUCCAGCGCUGGGAAGGAGAGGACAUAAAAAUGAUGGGAAAUGUCAUCUACAUGUCCCAGGUUAUGGUGCAGUCUGGGGGAAGUGAGGAGAAAGAGGAGCGGUAUUUCUUGUUAUUUUCCAAUGUUUUGCUGAUGCUGUCUGCAAGCCCACGGAUGAGUGGGUUCAUCUAUCAGGGAAAGCUGCCUUUGACAGGAAUGAUUCUGACAAAGCUGGAAGAUGCCGAAGGGAAUGAGCACAUGUUUGAAAUCACAGGGAACAUGAUGGAGCGGAUCACUGUGUCCUGCAGCACCAGCCAGGACUUGCACGAAUGGGUUGACCACUUGCAAAGGCUGACCAAAGGGACAUGCAGCACCGUCUCCAAAACGCAGUCCUGGAGUCCUCAUUCAACAUUUAGUUCAGCUGGGCAGAUCCGUGGGCCUCUGGAACCCCCAAAAAUCCUCAAGCCCUGGAGCUUGAGCUGCCUCCGUCCUGCUCCUCCACUCAGACCUUCAGCAGCACUGAGUUACAAAGAGAGGAUGUCUUAUAUCUUAAAGGAUUCUAGCAAAAGUCCAAAAACAAUGAAGAAGUUUCUUCCAAAAAGGAAAACUGAGAGAAAACCAUCUGAUGAAGAGUUUGUUAUUCGGAAAAGUACUGCUGCGCUGGAGGAGGAUGCUCAGAUCCUGAAGGUGAUUGAGGCGUACUGUACUGGGGCAGGCUUCCAGCAAGCUCUCAGCUCAGGCUCCCGUAAAGACUCCAUUCCCCAAGUCCUUCUUCCUGAGGAAGAGAAAAUCAUCAUAGAGGAGACACGAAGCAAUGGCCAGACGGUUACAGAGGAAAAAAGCCUUGUUGAUACAGUUUAUGCACUGAAAGAUGAAGUCAAAGAGCUGAAGCAGGAAAACAAAAGGAUGAAACAGUGUUUGGAGGAAGAGCUUAAAUCCAGGAAGGACUUGGAGAAGCUGGUGAGAAGACUGCUGAAACAGACAGAUGAGUGUGGCAGGGAGGACACCGGGCGCAAGUCAUCCCUGAUCGCUUGAAUUCAUGGAGAAGCUGCUGGCAGUAGUGUGUGACCUCAGGUGUAUUUUUGGGAAGUGGAACUGGAUCCUUUGCCUCUUCUUGCUCCUUAUUUUGUUGGUUUGGGGUAUUUUGUUACCAAAAAAAAAAAAAAAUUCACAGAGAAAAAAUGGUUUUUUUUCCAUCCAGUAAGGAAAUAAAGCAGAAACAAUCAGUCACAACUGAACCAGUAAGCAAGCAGUCCAUGAUUCACAAUUCAUCUGCAGCAACUAAUACCUCAUUGUACCUGCAACUGGGAGCAAAUACAAACUCUGCUAGUGAUUGUUGCUCACAAAGGCUUGGGCAGCAAUUUCCUAGAAGAAGCUUAAGCACUUUUUAAUGCUUUCAUUCUUUCCAAAAGCACCAGUACCUAUUUAUUGAAUGAAAACAUUACUGAGGUGGUAUCGAGCAGAAACCAAAAAAGCACCAUGCUUCUCUUUUCAGAUAAUCACAACUGGGGAAGCUUUUCCCAUCUGUGUUCUUUUUCCCCGUUAGUUGACUGUAGCGAACUAGAGCCCAGCAAUACUGUGGUUCCUGUGUGGCCUUGAUACUGAUUAAAAUGUGCAAUUAACAUGAAGAUGUUUGAACUCCUUGGGGGAAGCCAGAUCUGGAGCACCUGUCAGAGCACAUAGGAGGGUAUUUUGCACAGUGCUGCCUCCUUACAGCUCAUGAUUAGCACAACAGAUAACUGCUGUUCUGCCCCCAUCUCUUUUCUUAUGCAUGAUGUAGAAUUCCUGACCCCUGCUUUGUUUUCACAUUGAGUGUCCAGGUAGCCUAGAAGAUGAUAAUUUUGCUGUGCUUCCUCUUGCAGGACAUGCUUUUCUCCAUAUGAAAUGUAAACACUGCUUGACAAAAAAAGCAACCCUAAAUGUGCUGGUUCCCUGCUCCCUUCUGCCCACUUCAUGCUUUCCAUCACUCCUUCCCAAAGGUUGGGAAUGUUGCCAGUGGCCACUUCUCCCCACAUCACCCCACAGGGACUUUCUGCUAGGGAAAAGGAACUUUCUCCUGAGAUAGGGAAGGUAUUUAUGCUUUGACAAGAGCUGGAACGCUCCUGAGGCAAGGAUGUGCAACACCCUCCCAGAUCCCUGCACAGCUCCUUGAAUACAGCAUACAGGCAACAUGCAUAUGUAUCAGCUCUCCUUAUCUUAUUUGGUGUUAUACCCUAGUUUAGAACUGGUGUUUUCCUUCCUUCCUUCCUUCCUUCCUUAACAGUAUUAUAAAAAUAACCUGUUAAUUAUGUCUUAUUUAUCUCACAGGGCAGCAUGGUCCCAGGGUGUGCAAAGGCACCACAGCUCAUUACAGUCACACCAUUAUGUUGGUUGUGAAGGACAUAACAGAGGCAAUAAUUACAACUCUCUCCUUGCCAUUAAAAUUCAGCCAGGACAUUGCAAAUCGUGUUUCGGGAGAUACAAACUCCAAAACAUCUCAAGGAGUGUAAUAAGAAACCCUCUUUAAAGAGUUUCUAGAGCAAAUUCUAUUUCUGGAGCAAAACAGAGGUCUGGUUACAUUUGCCAUCCCCAGAGCAUCCCAGCCAGAUAGCAGCUCCCCACAUCCCUCCCUGGGCACACAGUUGAGCGAUUUGAUCAGCAGUCAAGCCCUGCUGUGCUUGUGAAUUGUUUUCCAGGAGUAGGACCUUUGCUGCACUUACUGCUGCUCAGGGAGGCCAUGCCCAGACCCCUCGGUACUGCCUGGCCCUGCUGCCUGCUCCAAGCUGGCCUGGGGACUAGGCUGCUGACAUGCAGAGCAAACCAAGGGCCACUGACACUGCAGGGAGAGGGUGGAAAUGUGUCCUCGCUGCCCCCAGGCUCAGUUGAAACCCGUGCUCUAUGUACAUAUUCAUGUUUGUGAGAUGUAACGUGAUGGAGGGCACACUGGGACUUUUUGGAUCAAGCGUUUGUCAAGAGCUAGAAGCCAAAAAAAGACAAGAAAAUAAAAUAAAAAGGAAAAGAAGCCAUGCCAGAUGGACAGCAAUGUUUCCAUAUUUACUUUGUUUACAGUGCUUUGUAAAUAGGUUCCAGUGAGUCUGUCUUUAGAUGGAUGUUGUGUCAGCUGCCUUCCAGUGUAUCUUUGUCAUGUAGGUUUAUUUACUGUAAACUACUUAUGCAAGUUCAACUUUUCUAACAUGUUUUUAUUUUGAACAGUUUUUUAAUUGACAUUUUCAACAAAUAAAGGAUAAAAGUCACUUCUUA